AUGCUGCGACAAGACUAUGACGUCAGUCAUACUGAAGCAUUUUGGAUGGGAACGUAUACACAAAUACAUAAUGACAGCGUUCGCAGCACUGAAUCGGGCAUCUGGUGUGUUAUUAUUAGCGAUAUUUUGACUCCGAACGUAGUUCAGAGUAAUAGGUCGCACUUAGAGAGACAUUUAUUGAAUUUUGCCGCGACCAUCGCGCGCCGUCGCGGGGCGGUCCCGCGUGGCGCGUUGCGAUGUCGGGUUCUCCCUUGCCUCUGCCCUGACCAAAUAAAGAGACACAGAGAUUGGAGAGGUCUAGCAUCACUUGCAAACAUAUCCACUGAGAUUGCAGCUAGUAUCAAAGAAUACAAUGACAAAACAAGAAGAGUCCUUGAUGUAUGGAUACAGAGGAAUGAUGGAACAGCAACUGUCUCUAGGCUUUUUGAAAUAUUGCAGUGGAUUGAUAGAUAUGAUGUUUACGACGACCUGCUAGAAUUGACUCGAAAUAAUCAGCUGUUGAUAAAAUCUGUGAACACGGUUCAAGUUAAUGGAACACCAGUUUAUGGACCAACUGAUGAGGAUCUGAUCACAUUUGAGGACAAGCAACUAGGUUCACCACAGCGUUACCAUGCAUAUGUGUUGUAUGCGAAGCAAGAUCAUAAAUUUGCACAAGAUCUCAUUACGAGGAUGACAGAUAAGGGCUUUCGGAUGUGUUCAGAAGAGAAUCUUUUGCCCGGACACACGACACGUUUUGCAGCAGUGGCCCGGCUAAUGUCGGAACGGUGUCGUUAUAUUAUCCCCGUGUGCUCCCCGGACUUCGUGGCCAGUCCUGCUAAUACCUUUUUUACGAACCUCGCUCAAGCUGAUGGAAUACAGAAAAGGGAACUUAAAAUUAUUCCAGUACAGUACCGGCCCUCAGAGCUGCCUCCAAAUAUACGCCACUAUCAUAGUCUUCGAUAUACAGAGGACACCCCUAUGCUCUUCGACUUUUGGAGGAAACUGGAACAAUCACUCGAAAACUUUGAUUUACCAAGGCUAACUCACUCAUCGUCAUCGAGGCAUUCGGCUAUCAACAUCGCCGAAAUGUCCAGCCAAGCGAGCAAUUGCUUCACUCCGACCAAACAAACACAUUUCUUAGCACUUCCGAGCGUCCCGCGAGAGAGCGCCUCCCUAACCGACCUUCCCUCGAUCUCCGUCGCGGAACCAUUCACCGAUACACGCCUGCAAACAGACACCAAGUCGCUCUCUUCCGUCACGAGCGAAAAGAAAAAGAAGUCUGGAACUUUCUCGAAAAUCUUUAACAAGUUCAAAGGGAAGAAACAUAAAAAAGAAAUAAUGGUCGCGAAUUAG